AACUCAGAAUCUUUUCAUUUAUACUCAGCUGAACUCACACCUGCUGUCAACAUGUCUUACAGCUGCUGCUCUGGAAACUUCUCCUCCCAGUCCCAUUGGGAUCACCUGCAGUACCCACGGCCAUCCUGUGGCUCCUCAUACCCCAGCCGUCUGGGAUCCUCUCUCCACAGUGGCUGUCAUGAGAACGUCUUCCAGCCCAUCAGAUGCCAGACUUCCCAUGUGGUCCACAGCUCCUGCCAGAGGCCCUGCUACCGUCCAAGGACCUCUAGAUUCUGCAGUCCCUGCCAGACGACAUAUGCUGGCACUCAGAGCUUUGGGUCCAGCAGCUGCCACUCCCUGGGCUAUGGGUCUGGAAGCUCUUACUCACUGAGCUGUGGAUCCAGUGGCUUCAGACCUCAUGGAUUCUCUUCAUUGGGCCAUGGAUCUGGAUUCUGCCACCCAUCCUACGUGCCGUAUAGAACCUGCCAGACUUCUUGUCACAGACCAAGCUGCGGAUCUGGAUCUGGGUUCUACUGA